GUGCAGCCUGACAGGCACAUGCAUCUGCUGUCAUCACCCAACAUCCAGCUCCAUCACAGACAAGGAUCCACAGGUGAACUGGAGGAGAAACAAGAUAAACACAAGAGGAGAUUCUUUCACAUCAGGAGGAACAACGCAGCAGACCCCACCAUGUCGAUGGAAGUGAAGGAGAGGACAGAGGUGCGUCUGGUGUUUCUGGGAGCAGCUGGAGUGGGUAAGACCGCCAUCAUCCAGCGCUUCCUCAAAGACACCUUCGAACCCAAGCACCGGCGCACGGUGGAGGAGCUCCACAGGAAGGAGUAUGAGGUGGGGGGCAUGAAAGUCACCAUCAACAUCAUGGACACCAGUGGCAGCUACUCCUUCCCGGCCAUGCGGAAGCUGUCCAUCCAGAACAGCGACGCCUUCGCCCUGGUCUACGCCGUGGACGACCCCGAGUCCCUGGUGGCCGUGAAGAGUCUGCGAGAUGAGAUCCUGGAGGUCAAAGAGGACAAGUUCACGCCUAUCGUGGUAAUAGGCAACAAGAUCGACCGCCAAGGUGAUCGACAGGUGUUCAGCAAGGACGUGCUGUCCACCGUGGAGCUGGACUGGAACCACAGCUUCCUGGAGUCCUCGGCCAAAGACAACAUCAACGUGCUGGAGGCGUUCAAGGAGCUGCUGCUGCAGGCCAACCUGCCCAGCUGGCUCAACCCGGCGCUGUGCCGGAGACGGGAAACCUUCCCCAAGGAGAGCAACAAGCGACCUCCCAUGAACAAGACCAACAGCUGCAUCAUCUCAUAGUGAUGGAGCAGCAGCACAGAAAGAGACUGGGAGGAAAAGAGCUCGGCCCACUGGGAGCUGACUGCACAGAAACAAACAGUGUUAAUUAAAUGUUUCCAAGACUCCGAGUUGAAGAACUAUGCUCCCUCGUCAGCUUUGGACCCACAGACGCUCUGAUGAGGACGAACAUGAGAUGAUGAGAACAGAUUCCACCUCGACGACCUGACAGAAUGUGGCUGAGCUGCUGGAGCAGUCACAAAAAAACAAGAAAGUGCACAGACAUGACUGAGUGUGAAUGAAGCAGUGCUAAAUGUGUAGAAGCAGAGUUAUGUAUCGUACGUUUUCACACAAAUCUCUGUAAAUAUGACGUUUCGUCUUCGGGUUUCUUGUUGCUGGUGUUUUGGGUUUUUUCAUUUUUUUAAAAGCACAAUAACUGUGAAGUCUUUGGGUAUUUAUGCAAAAGUGAGUUUGUGUCCUCGUACGAUGACGUUUUAUGAAAGUGAACAACAGAAGAGCUUAAGGUGGAAGCUGUUUUUUAAUAUAUCAAACAUUAUGCUGUGAAAUGUGUAGAUUGUCCGUCUGUAUUGAAAUGCUGCUUAGCGUAACCUCAUUACGCACAUGUCAAAUAUGAUUUUGGAAUACAUACUGUCUAUGUUUCAAUAAAUUCUUUUUUUUUCCUUCA